AUGCCUCUCUGCACUCUGAGACAGAUGCUCGGGGAAGCCCGCAAGCACAAGUAUGGGGUUGGCGCCUUCAACGUCAACAACAUGGAGCAAAUCCAGGGGAUCAUGAAGGCUGUAGUCCAGUUGAAGUCGCCCGUUAUACUACAGUGCUCGCGCGGAGCCCUCAAGUAUUCCGACAUGAUAUACCUCAAGAAACUUUGCGAGGCGGCCUUAGAAAAGCACCCAGACAUCCCUAUCUGCAUCCACCUUGACCACGGCGAUACCCUGGAGUCCGUGAAGAUGGCGAUCGAUCUGGGCUUCUCCUCCGUCAUGAUUGAUGCAUCGCACCACCCGUUCGAUGAGAACGUAAGGAUCACCAAGGAGGUCGUCGCCUACGCCCAUGCACGAGGCGUCAGCGUGGAGGCUGAACUUGGGACUCUCGGCGGGAUUGAGGAGGAUGUGCAGAACACCGUUCAGCUCACCGAGCCGCAGGAUGCCAAGAAGUUUGUCGAGCUGACGGGCGUUGAUGCCCUUGCCGUUGCAAUAGGAACCAGCCAUGGCGCAUACAAAUUCAAAUCCGAAUCAGAUAUUCGCCUCGCCAUUGACCGCGUGAAGACGAUUUCAGACCUUACUGGCAUCCCGUUGGUCAUGCACGGCUCCUCUUCUGUGCCCAAGGACGUCAAGGAUAUGAUCAACAAGUAUGGCGGGAAGAUGCCUGAUGCGGUCGGUGUCCCCAUCGAGUCCAUCGUGCACGCAAUAGGCGAAGGGGUUUGCAAGAUCAACGUCGACAGUGACUCCAGGAUGGCCAUGACAGGGGCAAUCCGCAAAGUCUUUGUUGAGCAUCCCGAGAAAUUCGACCCGCGCGAUUACCUCGGCCCGGGUCGUGAUGCCAUAACCGAGAUGCUCAUCCCUAAGAUCAAGGCCUUCGGAUCUGCAGGCCAUGCCGGAGACUACAAAGUUGUGAGCCUUGAGGAAGCCAAGGCAUGGUACAAGUAA